AUGCCCAGGUCCACUGCGAGUCGGUGCGUCCAUUUGACCGCCUCAGCCGGUUUCGCUGUCGACACUCCUCCAGUUCCACCGCAAAAAGAGGAGCCUGACCUGGGCACUGCAGGCCCGUACGGUCCAACUUCUUACACGUGGAGGUUGCACCGACAACUAAUCUACGGAGUCAAAACGCGGCCGUAUCGCACAUUAUCCCAUGAGAGCUAA